GUUCCAGCGUGUGCCAAGUGGCACGACGCCUCGGGGUCCUGGCAGAUGGGCGACCUACAGGUGACCAACGUUCAAGAAAGCCAACCCGACCCUGCCUUGACGUGUGUGUCAUAUGAGGGCGCUGGAAUCUACGCAGCUUUCUACGCCCCAAUGCCGGAGCCCACUACCACGGCCACGAUUACGACCUUCACUGUGACGACGACAACUACAACUACGGCAACCGAGACCACAAGCACGGCUACAGGACCGCUGACCACAACUCGGACCUCGGCUACGAUCACCUCGACCAGUGUAGUGUGGUGGGCAACAGCAGUGACAACAUUGGACAUCGACAUUCCAUUCUGCAGUGAGUCCGUCAUGCCAGAGUCUCCACCCGGAGCUGCGCCUUUCACUUGCUACGGCCCACGGAGGGUAGGCCAGGAGUGCCGUGCCAAAUGUGAUCCGGAUCCGCUGAACACAGACACGGCCGCCAUUUCCUGCCUUCCUGAUUUGAGCUGGGCCUUUUCCGUGCGAUGCCCCACCCCGACAGAGAUGGUCAUCGUUGUCACAACUGAGACGCCGACAACCAGCAAUGAAGUCUUGGUCGUAUUUGGGUUCAUCGCUCUUGGACUCUUCGGAGGCUUCCUGCUGGCAGCCCUCUGCUGCGUACUGUCGGCCCACUUCCGCGCGAAACUGGCACAGGCCAAGGCAAGCCGCGUGGCGCCGGAAGUUCCGCACGAGGCCUCGAACAUGACAGAUCGAUCUCUGGCAUCCUCACUGAAGUCUGCUCCAUCUGCACCGGCUCAGCUGCUGUUUCAGACGUGGGCAGCUGAGAGCGCAAAGUCUUUGCCGAUGUCGCCCAGCUUCCGCACGAAGUCGCCGGAGCGGCCGCAACCCCUCGCUGACUUGGAAGGCCGGGAGCCUCCUGCGGGCGCGGGUGACCUGCGCACGCUGACCGUGGAAGAGAGCUUCUGGGAUUGGGCCAAGGAGUGGUCGCACGCCUCUGUGGUGCAGUCGGCCAUGCCCGACCCCUCCAUGCAGCUGGCAACUGCGCAGGAGCUUCCAGCAUCCGUCCUCGAUGGUGAGGAUGAGGAUGCUGAAGAAGAGGGGCUGGAAGACACGGCCGCUGCCUUGCAGCUGCAGAACAUAG